GCACACAGCAGCAGCACCAUCACGGCCGAAGACGCUGGAUGACUCUGGAAGGGAGUAUUAAAAUCAGCAAUAACCGAUUGGUUCUAUGGGAUAAAAAUGGGAUAACUAAACCAAGUAGCUCACAAACCACUCUAUUCCAUCCUAACAGUACCUCUGAUGUUGUCGGCGCUCGCGUUUUGCGCUUUUUAUCCAUUCUUCUGGCGCUGCUGGUACAAAGGCGCUUAGUCCGAAGAGGCAGCACCUGGGAUUACAGUUAUGUGAAUGGGAAAGAUUGAACUGAAAGACUACGUUUAAAAACCUGGGAUGAGUAACACGGAGAGUGAGUAACCCAGACGGAUGUAAACACUUUCCUUCUUUUUUCCCCCCUCCGUGGGAAGCAUACCACCCGUGUAACCCUACGAAGACAUACUGUCAUUGUGUUGGAGCAGAUUUUUUCCAUUUUCAAAUCUUACUCAUAAAGUAGCCUUUUUUUGGAAUAAUGAACGAAAAAGAUGAGAUCCUUUCCAGUGUUUUCUUCCCGUUCAUGACUGGCACAUUCCCUGUUUUUGCUCUGACUGAGCAGCCGGGUUCUCUUGUUCAGAAUGGGAUGCAUCGCUGCGACGGCGCAACCUACGGCAAGUGUCAGCAAUUAGGCUGUGUGUUUGUGUACGGGUUAGCUCAAGGCCUAAUAUAAACAGCCUAAUAUUUUUAUACUGGACCCUUGUUCUCUGUAAGGAGAGUGUGGCGAACUGGACUAGGAAGGUUGAAACGGUGCGCACUUGGCGUCACACCCCCUUCAUUUCUGAUUCAGUGUUGGUCACAGAAAUAAACCGGGCACAAUAUGGUGGAGCCGGUGGGAUUCAUCGAGGCGUGGAAAGCGCAGUUCCCGGAGUCAGAACCCCCCAAGAUGGAGCUACGGUCUGUUGGGGGCAUCGAGCAAGAGCUGGAGAGGUGCAAAGCAUCCAUAAGACGCCUGGAGCAGGAGGUGAACAAGGAGCGCUUCCGUAUGAUCUACCUGCAGACUCUCCUGGCCAAAGAGAGAAAGAGCUACGACAAACAGAGAUGGGGCUUCAGGAAGACACCCCUUAAUGAGGGGAUGGACCCUGCAGCCACACCGGGUGCAGAGUCCCAAUCCCAACAGCCUCACAUGCAGGAGACUGGUGGAGUUGGAACAGUUGCUGGUGGAUAUGGUGUUGGUAGUGUGGGUAUUGGGGAUAGAGGUCGCUAUCAGCCUCUUGGAGAUGGAACUGGCAGAUCUAAACCCAGGCCUCCACCAGCCAGGAAGUCAGCCUCCCACGGAGAUGGCCUGGAGUCAGCCUUUGACAUUCCCCAGCAGGCUGAGUCCACAUCCUGCGACAACCUAGACGGCCUCUCACCAUCCAAACAGAGAGGUGGCGUGUCAGUGUCACCCCGCAGGCCCACCCUUCCUCCUCCAGACAAAGAGCUGCCUUCUGAUCCCAAGGACAAGCUAGGGAUGGGACUUGGUGUGGCAGCUCUGAGAUCCAACUUUGAGAGGAUCAAACGGGCCAACUCUCACUCUGCAGGCGAUGUAGCUAAGGCACAGGAGAAGCAGCUGCCUCCACCACCACCACCUCCGUUUUACACCAAUAUGGAAUUCCACCAUGAUAGGGGUUUGGUAAGGGUCAAUGACCGUGAUGUGUCAGAUAAGAUCAGCUCUUUGGGCAGUCAGGCCAUGCAGAUGGAACGAAAGAGAUCUCUACACUCCCUACCUGGUAAUCUGGCCACUGUAGCAGGUGAUCUCAGACCCAGGCCAGUAUAUAGGGGACGGUCUACCGAGAGCACCUGUGGGUAUGAUGCAGAAUAUGAAGAUGGCGAGCCCAAUCAGCGACAUUCAGGCAGGGCCAAUGGGGGCAAACCUCCACCUCCUCCUUGGCAACCCUCAGAGUUCCAGGCGUACUCCAGUGUCUAUGUUGGUGGGGUAAUGAUGGGAGAGGGUGGUAGUGGAGAUGGAAGAGGUGGAGGUGGUGGUGGGGUCACUAUGAGAGAUCAUGGUGGAGGUGAUGACCACCUCCUCACCUGGCCGCGCCGCUCUUACUCCCCAGGUAGCUUUGAGGAUGCUGGAGGAGGUGGCGGCUAUACGCCUGACUGCAGCUCCAAUGAAAACUUGACAUCCAGCGAGGAAGAUUUCUCCUCAGGUCAGUCUAGCCACGUCUCACCGAGCCCCACCACAGCCUUCCGUCGACCCUUCAGAGAGAAGAGCCGCUCACCGUCCCAGAACUCCCAAAACUCUCAGCACUCCUUCGACAGCAGCAGCCCUCCGACACCACAGUCCCAGAAGCGACACCACCGGCAGCAGGGAGGCCAUGUGGUCAUGUCUGAGGCCACUAUAGUGAGUGUUCGCAAGACCGGUCAAAUCUGGCCACCUGCUGCCCAUCAUGACCUCAUGCCCCAUGGUAGAGCAUCCCAUGACAACAGUUUCCAUGGAGACCACCUAGAUGGUCAUUUCACAGGGACCCCCCCAACAUAUGGUUACGAUGCAGACCGAGCAGAGGAACAGCGGAGGCACCAUGACAUCCUGCCGUACAUCGACGACUCACCGUCGUCCUCUCCGCACCUCAGCUCCAAGAGCCGUAGCAGCCGGGACACUCUCUCCUCUGGCUCACUGGAGUCCUCUAAGUCGACUGAAUGUGACCCGGAAAAAGGUUUGGAGAUGAGGAAGUGGGUCCUGUCUGGGAUCUUGGCAACAGAGGAAACAUACCUCAGUCACCUGGAGGCCCUUUUGCUGCCAAUGAAGCCUCUGAAAGCUGCAGCUACAACGUCACAGCCCGUGCUCACCGUGGCCCAGAUAGAAACUAUCUUUUUCAAAGUGCCUGAACUCUAUGAAAUCCACAAGGAGUUCUACGAUGGACUUUUGCCCCGUGUCCAGCAGUGGAGCCACCACCAGAGAGUCGGAGACCUCUUCCAGAAACUCGCUAGCCAGUUGGGAGUUUACCGAGCAUUCCUGGAUAACUACGAGCUGGCUGUAGAGACAGCAGAGAAAUGCUGCCAGGCCAACACACAGUUUGCUGAAAUCUCAGAGAACCUGAAGGUGCGGAGCCCUAAAGACUGUAAGGAGACAGCCAAGAACUCUCUAGAAGCUUUGCUGUAUAAACCAGUGGACAGAGUGACUCGCAGCACACUGGUGUUACAUGACUUGCUCAAACACACACCCACAGGUCAUCCGGACCACGCGCUCCUCCAAGACGCCUUGCGGAUUUCCCAGAACUUUCUGUCCAGCAUCAACGAGGAGACUACAUCCAGGCGGCAGUCUAUGACGGUCAAGAAGGGAGAGAACCGACAACUGCUGAAAGACAGCUUCAUGGUGGAGUUGGUUGAGGGAGCCAGGAAGCUUCGGCACGUCUUCCUCUUUACAGACCUGCUGCUCUGCGCCAAGCUAAAGAAACAGAUUGGAGGCAAAAACCAGCAGUAUGACUGCAAGUGGUACAUCCCCUUGACUGAGCUGACCUUCCAGGGCCCCGAGGAGACGGAACCACUAACUAUCCCCCAAGUCCCAGACGAAGAGCUAGAUGCCAUUAAGGUCAAGAUUUCACACCUCCGCAGUGAGAUUCAAAGGGAGAAGAGAGCCAACAAGGGUUCAAAAGUCAUUGACCGUCUCCGAAAGAAACUGUCCGAACAGGAGUCUCUGCUGCUGCUAACGUCCCCGAGCAUGCCCCUUAGACUCUACAACAGGAAUGGCAAGAGUUACAGCUUCUUGAUUUCAUCUGACUACGAACGUGCGGAGUGGAGGGAAAUAAUGAAGGAGCAACAAAAGAAAUGUUUGAAAACAUCCUCCUUGACUUCCAUGGAGCUACAAAUGUUAACCAGCUCUUGCCUCAAACUGCAAACCGUCCACCACAUUCCUCUUAGCACCAAUAAAGAAGAGGACGAAACCUCCGGUCUCUGCGGGUUCCUGAAUGUAAUCGUCCACUCUGCCUCCGGCCUCAAACAGAGCUUGAAUCUCUACUGCACAUUGGAGGUGGACUCCUUUGGUUUCUUUUCAAAUAAAGCCAAGACGAGAGUGUAUCGCUAUACCACAGAACCAAAAUGGAACGAGGAGUUUGAGAUCGAGCUGGAGGGCUCUCAGACCCUGAGGCUGCUCUGCUAUGAGAAAUGUUACAACAAGACCAAACAGAACAAAGAGGAUGGAGAGAGCACAGACCGCAUCAUGGGGAAAGGACAGAUCCCGCUUGACCCUCAGACUCUUCAAGGAAAAGACUGGCAGAGAACAGUUAUUCCCAUGAAUGGGAUUGAAGUAAAACUAUCCAUGAAGUUCACCAGCAGAGAGUUCAGCCUCAAGCGGAUGCCCUCACGGAAACCCAUGGGUGUGUUUGGAAUUAAGAUCUCCACAGUGACCAAGCGAGAGCGCUCCAAGGUACCCUACAUUGUUCGGCAGUGCCUAGAGGAGAUCGAGAGGAGAGGCAUGGAGGAGGUGGGAAUAUACCGUGUGUCUGGGGUGGCCACUGACAUUCAGGCACUGAAGACGGCCUUCGACACCAAUAACAAAGACGUGUCGGUGAUGAUGAGUGAGAUGGACGUCAACGCUAUUGCUGGGACCCUGAAGCUGUACUUCAGAGAGCUGCCAGAGCCCCUCUUCACCGAUGAGCUCUACCCUAAUUUCACCGGCGGCAUCACCCUCUCUGAUAGUGUUGCCAAAGAGAGCUGUAUGUUGAACUUGCUGCUUUCACUGCCUGAACCCAACCUGGUCACUUUCCUAUUCCUUUUGGACCACUUGAAGAGGGUGGCAGAGAAGGAAUGUGUCAACAAAAUGUCUCUCCACAAUCUAGCAACUGUGUUCGGGCCAACCUUGCUAAGGCCGGCAGAGAAGGACAGCAAAAUCCCCACUAACCCUACACAACCCAUCAGCAUGGGGGACAGCUGGUCCCAGGAAGUUAUGUCACAGGUCCAGGUGUUGCUAUAUUUCCUCCAGCUAGAGACCAUCCCCACCCCAGACAGUAAACGACAGAGCAUCCUCUUCUCCACUGAAGUAUAGAGCUAACAUUGUCUCUGACCAAAAGGGUGUGAAAAGGAGAGAACACUGGCUCAAAGUGAGCUUAUUGUAGUGUGUUUUUUAAUUGACUGCCUGCACUCGGCUCAGAUCUCUGCGCUGGAAAGGAUCUUUUCUGGUAAUACUGGCCUGAACACAAGAGGGAGCCAUUGGGCCUCUGAAGCUUAGAGGACACGAGGUCAUUUCUCUCAUUACCUGGUAGUUAGUAUGAUUCCUUGUACCUGUAGUGAUUUUAUGGGUACAUCAGCCAUCUGCAUUCCUGCACUUGGCUUUUUGUUUGUGUCAGGACUGAAACUUUGCAACUAUGGUUCAAGAAAUAAGAAGUUGGAUCACAAUGAGCACAAGUCUUUCAGAAUUUCCAUGAUGUACCGUUGCGUGUGGGCAUUGUUUUGUGUGUGUUUAUUUUGGACAAUCAUUUAGUCUAGGAAGAAACGUCUUUUGCCAUCUCAAACAAUACUUCAUGUUCCAUUGUGGAAAACCAUAACGUUUCUCACAUAAUCUCGUUGAAGUCUUUCAGACAAGAGGAGAUAUUUGUGCUGUUGGUCGGAGCAGAAAGUCAACACGGGGAGCUGCCAGCAUACUGGCUUUUCCCUUCUUUUUUUUUCUGUGUUACAAAAAGCACAGGAGACCAAAACCUGUAAAAGUGUUUACAACGUAAACAAACCCGGUUGGAAUCAAAUGGUUAAAUCGUAAAAAAAAAGUAAGAACCCAAUGUUCAGUUUUUCUAACCAGAGAAGCAAAUUUCCUCUUUUUGUGUUUUCUGUGUCUCAAUACUGUCUUCAGCUUAAAUACCCAGGAAGCAAUAUAUUUUCUAACGUAGAAUUGUCUGUGAUCAUUUCCUUGCUGAUGAAAUGCCCAUCAUGUUGCAACAUAGGAUGUCUUGCCAAACUUUUUUUUUUUUUUAAGGAGUUACAUUUAAAGAUAUUGAACAUGUACAUAAUCUUAAAGCUGUAUUUUUUCUGUUUGAUUAACAAUAUAAUCAUUGUUGCUGAUAUUGUAAUUUAUUUAGGGGGCUCAGUGGAUUUUUUUUUUUUUAUGUAAACUUUUUUCUCUUUAAAAAGGUGUGACAUCUUAGCCUUGAUUACAAGUCUUGCAGAAAAUGAGCAAGAUUUAGCCUUUAUUUAAUAGAAACUAUUCAGCCAUUCAAUCCAGCCUUUGGAUUAUUAAUUUAGAUAUUAUGAAGGUAACAUGCACGCACACACAUAUUGUAGUUACGCACUCUUUGCUGCUGUGGAAAAGGCACAAGCUCUUGAACUGUUGAGUGUUCCUCAGCAGCAUCGUCUCAUGUUCUGAGACCGUUGCCUCUCUAGUUUAGACUUUAUGCAAUGUCAUAGUACAGCACACACACAAACACAUAGGACAUUGUCUCCUUUGUAACAUUUUUUUUUGUGGCUGCAGAAGUACAUUCAUGCUAUGUUAAAACUACUGUAUUACAAUUCAAGUGGCCUGAGUAUUCAUGUCCAAUGAAGAGCAUAUCUAUUUGUUAUACUAAAGGAAUUGACCUGCUUCAUCUUUUUUGUUAUUAUUUUAUUAUUAUUUUUUAUUUUAUUUUGACCAAAACAUUACAAAAUGUUCCAUUCAAGAGCCUAGUUUGAGAUGAGCUCUGUAGAUAUUUUCCUUGUUUUUAAUUUCUCUCUCGUUAAUUUAACAUGCAGGCAUGUUGUAUUGAAUUUUGCUGUUUUUUCUUUGCCGGCUCUUCACAAGUGUCUCAUCACAGACUUGGAUUUGUUAAGUGGUAGUUUAUGAGGAUCGUUACUUUUACACUUCAACAGCCCAUCCUUUUCUGGCCAAUGUCAGCGUAAAGCCUAUGAUUGGGUUACUGUUUACAGCAAUCAGCCCACAAGAUAAACACAAAAUCGCUCUGACUGGUUGGGAUGAUGGCAGCAGAUCCUUUUUUGGCCUUUGUGGAUUAAACCUGUUCUGGCCCAAGGAUGCUCGUUCACAUUUGGAUCUGGGGAGUUUGAUAGCCCUGUCAAGGUCCUAGGCUCUGGAAGAGUUCAUUGUACUGCUUGUGGAGGGGUUCACCCAUCAGUGUGUGGUGCUGUUGUCACUAAUCUAUGCCAGGAUCCAAUAUCUCACAGCAGAACAUUGUAGUGUAACAAGGAUCAACAUUGUGGCUGAUUGGUGCACAUUAAAUGCAGAGUUAAAACUGGUUUAACAGUAAGAGAGUUUAUGACUGCUUUUGUCCAUAAACAGGCAAACCUGAAUGAACAGUGAUGCAAAAGUUAUUUUGGCCUGGAAAAUGAAGGGAAAGAGUAAUGUUUGCUUUUUAAUACAUAUCAACUCUCCAGAUCUUAAGAUUACAUCCAUUUUGCCCUCACCAUGUCUCAAAGACAUCCUUGCGACCUAUAGUUUUUAAUUCACCAAUAAAACACCAUGUUGUGUCACUCUCCUGAAUAAUACAGACUUUAUUCUCAAGUUUCUCCUGCACCAUUGUGCUUUUCUUUACCUGCCUUUGUAUACUUCCACUAAUCUUGACCCACUGUAGCAUGCUUAUAUUCAUGCAUCAAAGAGUGAAUCUUCUAGUGAAUCAUUCAGCCAUUCUCCUUUAUAAGUCCUAAUUGCCUACACUACUCCACCCUAUCGUGCCUCAAAACAUAAGCUUUUGUUUAGCGCCUGCUUAACUUUAAAUGCCAGUGAAAACAUGGAUGGUGGAAAAGCUCUUUCUCCUGUUGCCUUUUGCUGAGGACAGCCACACAUUUUUCAUCUCUUAUAGGCUAAGACAGGACCUUACAUUGAAGCAUGGUCUUAGCUCAUGCUGUACAUGGGUGUAAUACUUACCACCUUCAUUUGACUGUGAUGCUGUAAGUAAAUGAGACUCUGCUCUUAAAUUGGUCUCUGUUGGGCAACACGUUAAGUUUCAUCUCCUAUAAUGCCUUCUUAUUUUUAUUUAUGUUUCUUCCCAGUUUGGUAUAAGACAGUCUGCUGGAUCUAUUUAUUUAUGAGGAAAUAUCAUUUAAUACUAAAUUAAUGUUAGAAAAGUGUCUUUAGAUGUGGUUUCUUUAUGAAUUGAAAGUCUGCUUUUAGCUUUUGUUUAUGGAGUUAAAACAAUUUCUCUUUUUUGUUUCUGAAUCCCAACAGCUGAGUUAAUCUGCAAAUGUCUUUUAACUUUAUUGUUCAGCUCAGCUUUAGUUAUUUGUGCUGUACAGCAGACUGGCCACUGUGAUUGUUUAGAUUAUUAACAGAAUAGCAGGUUCUUAAUUUAAUUCGUAGGGUAACUCAAAUUUCUACUUUUCCAUGGAUUUGUAUAAUAUGUAUUAUACUAGAGAAUACAUAAUUUGUUCUCCCUUUUAUUUAUUGUAUUUCACUGAUCAUUAAGGAUCGAGCUGAUACACCUUUUAGUCUCUUUAAAAAUCUGAACUGUCAGUUUGUGGUAGAGGACAGAAGAGUCUUAUAUUACUCUAAAUCUGCAUUGUUCUGGUCUGUCGAUUGUCACUGUAACUGCAUGUACCCUCCAUAACCUCAGCCCCCAAAAAACACAAGAAGUUUUAUUUUUCUGUGGACUUGCUUGAAGAUAUGGUACAUGUUGCUUUAUAUGAAAGUUACAAAUAUCUUGCAUUUAUUACACAGCCCUGGUAUUUAUCACUAUAUUUCCAUAAUAUAGUUAAGACUUUCAGUAAUCCUCUGAUGCCACUUCUCUGACUCCACGAUACCAUUAAAUUAGGCCACUUUGGGGAAAAUUCUAGUUUUGUUUUCAUCAGCACAUAACAAUGUAAAGUUCAGGAUGAGACUUGCUGACCAAACACAAAAACUGUCUCUUUUUAUUCCGUUUUUAACUCUUGUUCCUAUUAAAUAUUCAAUGUUCUGCUUGUAGAACUGUAAAAAAAAAAAAAAAAAAAAAAAAAAAAAAAGGAUUACUGUAUUCUGAGGGCAAACAUGUUUGGAAGGCAUUUGCAGCCUAUGUUUGUACACAAAAAAAUGUUAAAUAAAAUCUCCUGUAUCUACAUAAGUUUGGUCCUGUUCUCUGUGUCUUAUAAAGAAAACAGGAGAGGCAGUUAAAUUCCUGUACUCACACUUCAACAUGGUCAUUUCUUUGGGCAGUCAGGCUGAUUUAUUCAAAUGUGCAGCAAAUGUAUUGUUAGCUGGGUUAUUUUAGAAAAAAUCUAAAUGAAACUAAUCUGAAUGUGGUGACUUUACU